AUGUCACAUCAACAGCAACCACCACAACCGCCCAAUUCCAACGAUAAAUACACUGCAGCACCACAGCAAUCAGGUUCUGCUGGCGAAUCGUCAAACAUGAUUCAACAACACCACGCGCAAUCUGCUGCCGCCGCUGCCAUGGCUGCUGCUGCUGCUGCUGCUGCUGCUGCCCAAGGCACAGCUCCUGGUGCCCAUCCUGUCUUUGAUCUCGCAAAGUUCUGGCAAGAACAACUUCAUGUCGCUGAAUCGUUCGAAUCUGAUUUUAAGAACCACCCACUACCCUUGGCACGCAUUAAGAAAGUUAUGAAAACGGAUCAGGACGUCAAGGCGCCUAUUUUAUUUGCCAAAGGAUGUGAGAUCUUCAUUACUGAGCUGACAAAACGCGCAUGGGUGCAUGCAGAGGAGAAUAAGCGUCGUACAUUGCAACGUUCUGAUAUUGCAACCGCUAUCUCGAAAACCGACAUGUGCGAUUUCUUGAUUGAUAUUGUUCCACGUGAGGAAGCUGCAAAGUCAAGCUCAGCUGUUUAUGAUCAAAACGCCUAUCAAUACUACCAGAGUGCAAAUGUACCUCAAUAUACAUCAGCUCAGCAAAUUGAUCCUGCCGCAUAUUAUCCACAGCUAUCUCAAUUGACACCUGAACAAAUGCAACAGUACCAGCUUCAGCUUCAACAAUUUGCUGCACAGCAACAUCCUUAUGCUCAACAAAUGCAGUCUAGGCAAAAUGCACCUGGCCAAUCUGCACCCGGUUCUUCAGCCCAGCCUGGUCAACCAUCGAAUUCGGACGCUACAAAAUCAGAGUCUCAACAGCAAUAG